UGACACUUGGGGUGUCUAAGGUCUGAACGACAGAGAGUUUGGGGGAACCACUCCGCUCUGGUUCAGCUGGAGUAGACUUUUGCAUGUUUAUUUAUUAUUUUGUUUGUUCCACUGAGCGACGUCAAUGAGGCUGAAUUGGAAUAGAACUCCGGACAUUUGAGCUUAGCAUGCGUCCAAAUCCAAAGUCAACUUGGGACACUACUUGGCCUUCGGGAAACGGGUGGCAUUGCUCUUUAACUCGGACUUCGAUCGCAACUGCGGAAUGUAUGUUGAUGGUGGUUCCUGGCGACUGAAGCGAGAGACUUGUAGUUGGAAAGUGGAUUUACUUGCACCACUGAAGAAACGUUUACCAACCUCCAAGACUACUUUUGACAAAGAGGAUCUGUCCAAGAAGCAGAGAUGGAUGUGUUUGGCGGCGCCCCACGCUUCUUAGCUUAUCCAAGACCUGUUGUUGUGCAAAGCGGAACUGAUGCAGUCCUGAAGUGUCAAAUUGGUGGUGAUCCAAGGCCUGCUGUCAUCUGGGAGCGAAACAAUGAAAAGAUCGACCCACAAGGACGAUAUAGGGUCUUUGAGGAUGGCAAUGUUUACAACCUUAUCAUUUCGGCCGUUACUAUCGAAGAUAGUGGCCAGUACAUUUGCAAAGCAAAGAACAGUAUUGGAGAAACAUAUGCUGCAGCCACGUUAAAGGUGGAAGGUGAGGCACAGGAGAUGGAGCUACGAGAAGAGAACAAGCCACGUUUCCUCAUCAAGCCCCUAUCCACUCGUGUCGGCCGAGGGGAAGAUGCAGUAUUCUCUUGUAAGCUUUGGGGAAACCCCAAACCAGAGAUUGUCUGGGAAAAGGAUGGAAGAAAACUUAAUGAUAUAUUUGAGACCACACAUUUUAAUGUGGGUUGUCAGGAUGGAGGAUGGUUCCAGCUCAAAAUCUUCAAGACCCGUGCUCCAGACGGUGGCGUGUAUACAUGCAAGGCGAGGAAUGAAUUCGGGGAAGCAUUAGCAGGAGCUGUGCUGCUCGUUGAUGCAGGUCCAGGACACGAAGAGGAAGGGAACCGUAACGGCUACACAAAUGGCCACUGGAAAGUCCACCAAGGGAAACAAAGGAGUGGUAAACAAGUCCUGAAUAGACUAAAAGACGAAACGAUAACCAAGUCAACGAAGGUGAAGAUGUUUGCUGUGACUGAAGGCAAACAUGCCAAAUUCCGCUGCUUUGUGACUGGCAAACCCAAACCAGAAAUAAUUUGGAGAAAAGAUGGCAGGCUCAUACUGUCUGGAAGGCGUUACUUGUUAUAUGAGGACAGAGAGGGAUACUUUACCCUUAAAGUACUUUACUGUAAGCAAAAGGAUAACGGAGUCUAUGUGUGUGCUGCAUCAAACACUGCUGGGCAAACCCUUAGUGCUGUACACCUCUCUGUCAAGGAGCCGCCGGUGCGGUUCAAGCAGCCUCUCAUUGACCUAGAAGUAUGGGAACGAGAUUUAGCUGUUCUUGAGUGUGAAGUUCCAGAAGAUUCUGUUCCAAUCACAUGGUAUUUGGAGGACAGACGACUGCAGCCAGGGGCCAAAUAUGGAAUGGAAGAAUGGGGAACAAAACGGCGGCUAACGAUCCGUGACAUAGGAAUUGAUGAUGAUGGGAUCUAUCUAUGUGAGAUGCCUGAUGGUGGUCGAAGCAUUGCAGAAGUAGCUGUAAAAGGUACAAUUAUGCGGAAACUUCCAAGAAAAGUUGAUGUCUUGGAAGGCGAGAAUGCUGCUUUUUGUGUUGAGGUAGAAAAAGAAGAAAUGGACAUACACUGGUAUAAAGAUGGCAUAGAGCUUCGUGAAACCCACCAAACAAUUCUCAAGUCUUUUGGUCGAACUCACAUCCUGGUCUUUGUUAAUACAAUGCCACAAGACUCUGGUCUUGUAACGUUCCUUGUUGGCAGAUCCAAGACUUCAUCUCAGUUAAGAGUGAAAGCCGCCAGGCACAGUCCACCAAGUUGUCCAGUGGGAGUUCAAAUGAACACAGAGCGUGCAAACGCAGCUCUUCUCUCAUGGGUUCCUGCCCCAGAUUCCCGAAAGAACCCUCCCUCUGGAUAUGUGCUUGAACGACAAGAAGUUGGCACGGGCUCACAGGAGUGGGUACAGUGUCUGACCACCGACUCUGCCACCUCUGUGGAGAUCCUCGGUGACAGUGUCCCAUGUGAAGCUGAUUAUCGCUUUCGAAUUUGCAGUGUGAACAAAUAUGGGAAGAGCAAUAAUGUUGAGUUUCCAAAAACUGUUCACUUAGUUCCUGUGGCAAGAAUACAAGCUCCUUUACAAGAUGCCUUGGUACCAGAAGGCCAAGACGCCGUCUUCUCAAUCGAACUUUCUGCAUCGGUUAUUGGAACAUGGUUUUUAAAUGGGACACAACUCCAGGAGGAGGAGCGUUAUUCCAUGCGUCGGUCAAGAACACACCAGUCUCUUCGCAUACGAGGAGUGCGGGACACAGACAAUGGGGCUGAGAUAACAUUUAUUGCCUAUGGUAUUCGUGAUUCAGCAGCACUUUACAUUCAAGCUCCAUUAGUGAAGUUUUCGCCACUGUCUGAAAUGGAUCGGAACAAAUUUGUGGAAGUUGGGAACCCCAUAGUUCUGUAUUGUGAGCUUUCUGACCCUACAGCUCCAGUCCACUGGUACAAAAAUGGGGUGGAAUUACAGACAAUGGAGGGCCUUCACAUCCAGUCAGAAGGCACCAUGAGACGAAUAGUCAUCCAAUCAGCAGAGUUCUCACAUUCAGGAGUGUACUGCUGUGAUGCCAUUGACGAUGUCAUCAGGUUCAAUGUGGAAGUAGAAGCACCACCGGUAACCUUUGCGGAUGUCCCAGAGAAAGACCUUUUUCAGAGUGUGGUGGAACAAGAACAGCUUACUUUGUCCUGUGAAGUGUCAAGGGCCGACGGUGUUGUCCAGUGGUACAAAGAUGGAGCUGAAAUACAGACAAGCAACAACAUCACAGUUCAAGCAGAGAGCAUCAAGAGAAGUUUGACCAUCAAUUCUGCUCGUCUUUCGGAUACAGGCACCUACACAUGCCGUGCUGGUGACAGCAUUUUAAGCUUUAAAGUAAACGUGAGAGAGCCCCCCGUGAUGAUAAUUUACCCCAAAGAAGAUGUACAUCUUGACCGCCAUGUUCCUGAAGAAAUCAUCUUGAGUUGCGAACUUUCGCGUCCCAAUGGAGUUGUCAGUUGGUUUAAAGACGGUCAAAAACUCCAAGAGAGCGAGAACAUCAAGCUUAAGGUUGAGGGUCCUUAUCGAAGACUUAAGAUUCUAUCUAGUCGAGUGGAAGACUCAGGAGAAUAUGUCUGUGAUGCCAAUGAUGACUCAAUCUUCUUUCACCUGGGCAUUACAGAGCCUCCAGUGCAAAUUCUAUCUCCAAGUCAGUCACAAAUGGAGCUGUGCCAGCAGACCUCUGAGAGAAUGGUACUCAGCUGUGAGAUCUCACGACCCAAUGCAGUGGUGCGCUGGUAUCGAGACGGACUUGAGGUGGAGGAGAAUGAGAACCUUCUUCUAGAAGUGGACGGUGUCUAUAGAAGACUUAUUAUCCCAGAAACUACGGUUAAAGAUUCAGCAGAAUAUGUAUGCGACACAGGAGAUGAUUCCAUGACAUUUUUUGUAAAUAUAGCAGAACCUCCCGUUCGCUUCAUUCGUCCACGAAAGACAGCCAGUAAGGUGGAGAAAAUGACUGGAGAAGCAUUGGUUCUUGACUGUGAGGUUUCAAGACCAAAUGCCAAAGUCACCUGGAAGAAAAAUGGAGAGGAAGUUGAAGACUCUAGAAAUAUAACUAUAUUUGAUGACGGUGUAGUGCGUCAAUUGACUAUUCACUCAUUAACAAUGGAAGAUGCCGGCCAAUAUAUGUGUGAUGCUAAGGACGAUGUGAUGGAUUUCAAUGUAAAAGUGCAAGAAUUGCCCGUAAAAAUUGUGGGCAAAACAGAUGCGAAAACCGAGAAACAAUUUUUAGUGUCAGACGAUAUUAUUCUAGUGUGUGAACUCUCGCGGCCCAAUGCUACAGCCCACUGGUACAAAGAUAAUCACCUGAUUGAUGACACUGAGAGAUACUGCUGUGAGGAGCAAGGAGUUUUCCGAUCCCUGGUUGUUCUAAAUGCCGGAGUUGAAGAUUCAGGGGAGUACACCUGUGACGUAGUGGAUGAUAAGAUGGCCUUUUAUAUUACUGUUAAAGAGCCUCCAGUGCAGAUCAUUGGAAACUCUGGCAUCCCAGAGCAUCACAUUCUGGUAUCAGGAGAUGACCUUAUUUUGGAGUGUGAGGUAUCUCGACCAAACGCAACUGUGAAUUGGUUACGAAAUGGAAAGGAGCUCACAGCAAGUGACAGAGUGAAAAUUGACAGCCAUGACGUCCUGAGGAAGCUGGUUUUGUCUAAACUUCAGCCUUCAGAUUCGGGCGAAUACAUCUGCAAUGCCAUUGAUGACAAGUUAACAACAGUUGUGGAGGUUCAAGAUCCACCAGCCAAGUUUUUAAAUAAAAUGUCAAAAAAUAACAUGUCUGCUCAUGAAAAUGAGAGCGUUACCAUGUGUGCUAUUGUGAGCCAUGAAAGAGCUAAAGUUCGCUGGCUUAAAGAUGGCCAGCUACUGAAUGAGAACAACAUUCAUAUCUCCAGUGAGGGUAACACGCAUAGGCUCACCAUUAAUCCCCUUCAGCUCUCCGACUCUGGAGACUAUGUCUGUGACAUAAGCACAGAUGAAAUGUCUUUCAGUCUUAUGGUCAAAGAAACGAAAGUGAAAUUUAUAAAACGGCUGGAGGAUACGGUGUCUCUGAAGGGUGGAAGCCUGACCUUGCAAUGUGAGGUCAACAAGCCCAAAGGAGAUGUCCAGUGGCUCAAAGACGGCAAGGAAAUCUCUCCCAGCCGUAAGUACACAAUCCGGGCACAAGGCAGAGAGAGAAGUUUGACCAUCCAGCAGCUGUUGGAAGAAGAUGCUGGAGAAUACUCUUGUGAAUCCACCAACGACAAGACUUCAGCCACCGUUACAGUAAAAACCCCACGAGUGGUAGAAUUCAUAGCGGAACUUCGAAACCUCACCAUCCGGGAAGGAGAGGAUGCUGUUUUCAAGUGUGUGGUUUCACCAGCAGACGCUAAACUGGUGUGGAACCUGAACGGAAAACAAGUUGCCCUGAAUGAGCGCACUGUCAUUUCCCGCAAUGGACUCUGCCACACGCUGAGUAUCAGCAACUGCAUAGUUUCAGACAGUUGCAGAGUGACAGCUGAUGCAGAGGGGUUGGUAUCAGAGGCAGAACUUCAAGUUCAAGAGCAACAGGUGCUGUUCAGCAAGAAAAUGACCCCUGUUGUAGCCGAAGAGUAUAGUGAGGCCACUCUUGAGGUUGAGUUGAGUCUGGAUUCAGGAGAGGUGCAGUGGAUGAGACAAGGUGUCCUGAUCCACCCUUGCGCCAAAUAUAGCCUGAAAAACAAGGGCCAAAAACGAAGCCUCACCAUCCACAAACUGGCCGUGUCUGACCGGGGCACCUACAGCUGCGAAAGCCUCCACGACCGCACACAAGCCCAGCUCACAGUGCAGCCUCGGAAAAUUGCCAUCAAGAAAGGGCUGGUCGACAUUAAAACCACUGAAAGAGAAACAGCUUCUUUUGAGGUGGAGCUGUCCCAUCCCAACGUCCCGGGUACCUGGAUCAGAAAUGGAAUUCAACUUAAGCCGACAAAUCACUUUCGCAUGAGUGCUAAAGGACAAGUCCACAGCCUGACCAUCUCCAACCUGUCAGUGGAGGACACCGGCACCUUUGUGUUCUGUGUGGAAAAUCUGAAGACAUCUGCACGGCUUGUUGUGAAGGAGCCCCCGGUGACCAUUUUCAAGAAACUGCAGAGUCAGAAAUUUCCUGAUGGCUCAGUGGUCUCUAUAGAGUGUGAACUGUCAAGGCACAACGUUGAUGUGAAAUGGAUGAAGGAUGGUGCAGAAGUGAAGCCAAGUAAAGAUCUACGCAUUUAUGCGAUGGGAAGGAAGCGGUUUCUCCAGAUCAUGAGAUGUCACGUCACUGACUCUGGCUUGUACACAUGUGACGCUGGAGAUGCCAGCACAUCCUGCACCGUGGAGGUCUAUGAGCGUGAGCUGGUGGUCCUCCAAGGCCUUGAAAAUCUGGACAUCCAGGAGGAUCAGAAUGCCGUGUUUGUUUGUGAGGUCUCUGUGGAAGAUGUGCCAGGAGAGUGGUUCAAAAAUGGGGAGCAGAUUAAUCCGACCAGCACCAUAAAGAUCCGCCAAGAAGGAACAAAGCAUUUUCUUCUCAUGUGUAAUGUGCGAGCAGAGGACUCUGGAGAGAUCAAGUUUGUUGCCAGAAAUGCAGAAUCUGUUGCUCAUCUAAAAAUAAAAGAGCUUCCUGUCAGCAUUGUAAAACCUCUCCAGGAUAAAACUGCUCUGGAGAAGAGCCGCGUGAUCCUGGACUGUGCCGUCUCCAACCCCAGGUGUAGCAUCCGCUGGUACAAAGGCAGCAAUGUCAUCCUGCCGUCGGAGCGCUUUGAGAUCAGCAGUGAAGGCUGCUAUCGUAAACUAAUCAUCCAGCAGGUGGCGCUAGAGGAUGAGGGCCAGUACAGCGUGCAGGUUGGAGACCAUACGUGCUCAGCAAAACUGACCGUAGAAGCCCAGUCUUUGAUGAUGCUCAGAGAGCUGGAGGACGUGGAGGUGGUGGCUCCUGACGAAGCGUGCUUCGAGUGUGAGGUCUCGGUCCCGGUCCUGAAAUCCCCCAUUUGGAGUCUGAAUGGAGAGGCCCUGCAGCCGAGCUCCCGCGUGCGCAUGGAGAAGAUGGGCACGGUCCACAGACUGACGCUGCGGCAGACCUCAGCAGACAUGAGCGGCACGGUGGAGUUUACAUCUGGGAAAGCAAAGAGCAGAGCCCAACUCCAGGUCCUAAGUUCUCCCUGAAAGAAGCCCGUCUUCUGCCGUCAUCCUUUUGGCACAGAUGUAUUAUUGUAUUGAUGAUUUCAUAGCAUUGUAAUUACUCAUAUUUGCCGUCUUUAAAAAUGGAUUAAACAGGGUUGUGAUGAAGUGUUGCGUCUCAUCUAUUCCUCUGCAUUUGUAUGAAGUUUGUCAAAGCAUGUUUGAGUGUUUUAAUACAGUUUGUUCAUUAACGAACUGCAUUAUAAAGUGUAAACAAUGUUCAGAGUGAUGUUUAUUUGACUUUUAGCAAUUAAAAUAAAUGUGUAAUGCAAGAGAUCCUACUAAACAAACAUUUUUUGGGUGGAUACAACAACAUUUGGAGCUUCUAGUAAACCUGAAUCGUAUUAUAUAAACCCACAAAGCGAGAUUUAACAUUAAAGACUUAUAUUGCAAAGCAAAAACACAUGUAUAAUUUUGUGUAUUUUCAAAAAAUCCUGUACAAGUACUUAAAUCAAUAUUUUUCAAUUAAAAUCUCAACUGAAACUAUAAAACUCACCCAGACUUUUGUUUUUUGAAUUCAAAUUACUGUCUGUAUAGAAACAUUUUUGAUUGUUUGCUAAAGUUUGAAUUGACUUUUGCUGUAAGAGGCUUGUGUUGUAAAUACAUUGGGCCAAAAAUGGACUUUAUUAAGGACAGCAAUGAGUGAAGGUUAAGUGUUUGCUUUUCUUAAUCCAUAAAUUUUGCAUGGCUGUGAUUUACUGAGUGAACAUUGGUCCUUCUGGGAGGAGACGAUGUCAGUUCAAUAUUCCUUUUUUUUGUUUGUUUUGUUUUUUUGGUCUCAUUUUUAGCUCCCCUUGGUUGUGAAAACAAGUACUGUGAUGAAAUGUGUUAAUAAAUCAUGCUUUAUUUGUGCGAAAAA